AUGCUUCAACCUCAUCGCAAAGGAACAUUGCUCAGGAAAUUUUCAUCAUCACUCGGAAAACAAGUCUUGUUGGGUAUCAAUGGAUUGCUGAAACAACAACAACGGAGAAAUGUACUCCUAUUAAAUGGUAUCACCCAACAAGCCUCAUUUCAUAGAAUUCUUAGAAAUAAUAAUUCCUCAACAACGCAUCACGAUGGACCUUUUAAUUUGAAGGAAGAAACAAAUCAUGCCAUUCAACGAGUUUUAAGAUCAUCAGUAUUCUCGGGAUUUAAUGCUAUUGAAAGAAAUUUUCAUUACUCGGUCGGAAAACAAGACUCGAGAUUUACGCUCACAAAUUAUUCUGAUAAUGAUCCCGAUUUUGAAAAACCAACAUUUUCAGGAAAAGUCUCUAAGAAUUAUGUUCCUUUCCAUGCGAGACCAGGUGGUAUACCACCAGAAUUACUGGCCGCAAGAAAACACCAAAAAGAGGAAAAUCCAACUGGUAUCAUGGCAAAAACAGUGGGUCUUACAGUUUUAGUUGUUUUUAUACUCUAUCAAAUUGCUUCUAUUCAAUUUGUACAAACAACAAUGAAAGAAGAAGUAUUGAGAAAAACUGCUGUUGUAUUUAGGAGAAGAAUUAUGGAGUUACAAGUCACGAAAGGAGCUAUUGAAAAUCAAGCAGUCGAUGCUAUCAUUAUUCCAAGCGAUGAUAAACUUUCAAACAAUCAGGGAGUCUCAGAACGAGUGGCCAAUGUUGCUGGACGUAACUAUUCGGUAGAAUGUGCUACAGUUUUACAGAAAAAUCAGGGAUCUCUCAAACCAGAGCAAGCACUCGCAACAUCCAAUGGAGGAGUAGAUGCAACUUUAAUGUGUAAAAAUGUCAUUCAUGUGUUGCCACCAACAUGGAGUGGAGGAAGGAAGAAAGAAGCUCUACAACUCGAGCGUACCAUACUUGCUGCACUUGCUAAGGCCGAUGAGGUGGAAGCAAAAACUGUCUCCAUGUAUAUGCUCAAUGACUCUAAUUUUCCCAAGAGAAGAGCUGCUGAGAUUACCAUUGAUGCUGUGUUGAAAUAUGCAUAUGAAAGAGAUGUCGGUCAAAACACACCCAGCACACUUCAGAUUGUCAAAUUUGUGAAUGAUGAUGAAGAAUUUAAUGAACAAUUGCUUGCAGUUUGGGAUAAAAAGAAAACAAAAGGUCAAUUGGUUUAA